UUUUUGGAAAGUAUGUGUAUUUUAAUUAUUUGUACGACCAUUUAAUUAUGGUUAUUUAACACUACAAAAACAAAUUCCAUAUAAUGAUGGAAAAAAGUUAUAUUCAUACGUCAACGAAAAAUGAUUUAAAUAUGUCUAAAGAUGUUUCAAAUCCAAAUGAUUUCAAACAAAACCCAAACACUAGUCUACCAACAGAACAAACUCCACAAGAAACAAGCCCAUCAACUAAUACAAUACCGACAACGAAUAACACAAAUAAUUCAAAACCAAUACCAAGCCGCCGGUUAAGUACGAAAUCAUAUACAGAAACACCAGAAAACGUAUGUUUUGUAUGUGGUAACAAAGGACACAGUGAACAGUAUUUAUUAGCCGUAAAACCGUCACAAACUAAUGUAAACGAACCGUAUUUUCCUUUUUUGGAAUCACACGAACCACCCAGUGGAUAUGUUCCAAUUAAAAGUUCAGAGACACCGGAAGAAGGUGAAAAAACUGAAAAUUCCGUGGUUACAAGUUGUAAUUUGUGUUAUUCCUUAUUAAUGCAACAAUGGGAGAAUUACGAACGCGAUGGGAGGCCACAUUGUCAACGAUUAUAUUGGUUAAAACGAGUUGAUAAUGGACCAUAUACAGGUGCUGAAAUGGGAUUGCAAGGUGAAUAUGCUGCACAAGUGCUAGGAUUGAAUAAUGAACAUCCGAUUGGCGCCGUCAAUUCGGCUACGCCAAAAAGCUUACAUUAUCCACCAACGACAACAUAUACGCCGCAAAUUGGAGGAAAUUUUAUGGAAAAACCAUCACCAAUGAUUGUUGAUCGACCACCGUCAUCGACAAGUCUUGUACGACCACCAUCUGCAACUCGGGGUGAUGAAGAAUUGAGAAAAAGUCAAGACUUAUCAAAGAAACCUGUUGCAAAAUCACCAAGACCUUCAUCGCGUCAAAAUCAGGUGAUUGAUCCAGCAGUUAUACCUCAAGUAUAUCCACAGUAUCCACCAGGUUCAACAACAUUCAUCCAAACUCCCCCAACGGUAUUGCCAGCAAUUCCAACACCUUCAUCGACAACAACCGAUACACAAACUGGUGUACUCGAUUUACGUCAUACUCCAACACCGAAAGAACCACCGCCAAGUACUUACGUCACCACAGCUCCACCGACAGACAUUUUAGAUUUAUCAAUGCCGGAUAAAAAUUCAGUUACGGAAGUGUGUUAUGUGUGUGGCGAUGAAUUCAAACGUGGUAGUUUAACUUAUAUUGUUGCUAAACAAUUACCUAAUGCACCUCAUAAUUUAUCCACUCAACCAUUUUUUCCAUCGUUAACAUUGCAUCCGAGACCAGCUCGAUCACGUCCAAUGGAUUCAAUGGGAAGAGUUCAAGCGUGCGCCGCAUGUCAACAGCAUUUAAUCAUGCAAUGGAAUCAUUUUACAUCGCAAGCAAUACCACACGUUGAUCGUAAUUAUACGUUACGAAAACGGUCAGCUCCAGCUUUAGAUACAACGACAUUCAUUUGUUAUACAUGUGCAUUAGAAUAUCCAUCGAGUUCCAUACGUUUACUAUACUGCUGUCCAAAUCCAGAAAAUGAGGCCUAUUUUCCAUUUAUUACUACUUUAAAAGCACCUCCUGGUGCAAGUCCAAUUAGUCCACAAGGUAUGGUGCAAGUAUGUUCGAUAUGCUAUAAAUCCAUACCACAAAAACAUCAAGUGUUCGGAUCUAGUGAUACAUUAGCGAAUAAUCAUAAUUUUUCGAUGAACGAUAUACAACAAUCGCGUAGCGUUAGUCCACAAAAAGAUAUACGUUUUAAACCAUACGAAAUAAAUAACUCAAAAACUGUUAUAAAUAAAAAGAAAAUGGCGGCAAAUGAAUAUCGUUUACAACAACAAGAAAAUAGUCGAACAUCAUCACCAGAAGUAACAAAUAAUCAUCAGAAUGGUACAUCAGUUACAUCGGCAACAAGUGUAUCAGCUCCAACAGCCCCAGCUCCAACAGCAACCCCAACAACUGCCGGUAGCACUCAAAAUGGACAUAAUUAUUUGUGUUACAUCUGUAACGGUUUAUUUCCACGUACACAAAUGGAUUGGCUUUCAACAAGUGCUGAAGGCAUGAACUCACAUGCAAUGCAUUUUCCAUGUUUACGAAAUGUACAACGAAUAUCAGAAAAUGCGUGUAUGGACUCACACGGUCGUGUACUAGCGUGUUCAAAGUGUGUGAAUUAUUUAGCGAAACAAUGGGAGAAUUUAGAAUCAGAACGUGUACCGUUAGAACGACGUCGUUAUGAAUUACCAGCACUAGCUGAUUCUGGUGGUAGUAAUUCGGGUAGUGUAUAUAAUGGUGUAUCAUCAUCGGAACGCGUUAUACCGACACCACCGUCAACAGCUUCGGAACGAACGCUAAGUUCAAAUCCCGGUUGUUCGUCAAUAUAUUGUUUUCUAUGUGGACUUCAUAGUGAUUUAACAUUAGCUAGAGUAUUGUAUAGUCGACCUCAAGGUCGUAAUGCACCAUUCUUUCCUGGCUUGUUGAAGCAUGUUUCACCACCAAAUGCUGAACAGCUACGGGAAGAUGGUUCAGCAUUAGUGUGUACAUUUUGUUAUCAUUCAUUAUUGAGUCAAUGGCGGACGUAUGAGUCUGCAACGGGUACACAGGUGCCACCUGUUAAACGUGAAUAUAAUACCAGGGAUUAUUGUUGUUAUGUCUGUAGUAUAAUUACAUAUCGUAAACGAGUUCGAGCUCUACUUAUCAAGGAUUUUCCAUUUUUACGAGGCCAUCGACAAUCUGAACGGUCUUUAUUAUUAGAAAAUGGUGAUUUUGCAGUCGUAUGUUUAGAUUGUUAUGAAACACUACGUACACAAAGUUUAGAAUAUGAACGUUGGGGCCUUCCAAUUGAUAAACGUCAAUAUAAUUGGAUUACACAACCACCACCACCAGAAAAUAGUCCGGAGGCAACAGUUGGUCGGUUGCCAUCAGGAAUACGUAGUGAUAAAAUGGGUCCACAAACUCCUAUCGUUCGUCCAAUUCGAAAAAAUUCAUCACCUAAACCAGAUAGGAAAAUAAAAAAUGAUCCAUCAGCAAAUGGGAGUCCUGCAAAGUUAACUUCACGACCUCUGUUACCGUCAUCACCAUUGAAUUCGUCACAUAAACAAAAAUCUAGUACUGGCGGUCAUACAAUACCAGGUCCAGGUCCUGGUGGCGCGCAAACAGCUGUCAUUCCACCAGCAUCACCUUUAGGUGCUACAAUACCAUCACCAGUUGGUGUGGCACCUGGUGCGGCACCACCAACUGCUGGUGGAAGUCGAUCUCAAUCAUUUGCUGCUGCCUUACGAUCGUUAGCUCAACAAGCUGGGCCAUCUGCGAACGAACGCGAAUAUACUACCAAAGAAGAAUCACGUAAUAGUGGAGCAUCACCAAUAACUGAAAAUAAACCUAAAUCAAAUGCAGAUUUAUCAUUAUACCCCCCUCCUUCGGGUAGUUCGAGAACAGGAAAUGUUAAUGAACAUGCUGCUCAUCGAACUACAAAUGAAUCGUCGUCAACAGCGGCUCGAUCUGCUGCUACGGAUAUGUCUGCACAUCACAGAUCGUCUACAGGUCCAGGAGGUAAUUCUGCUGCCCCUCCAACAACAUUAAGUAGUUAUUUGCCACCAGGUGUUUCACCAUCUGUUGCUGGGUCUUUGAUUGGAGAUCAAAUACUUCGAAGUGGUUUUCAACCUUAUCGACCCGAAGACAGAUUAACACAUCCUGGGAUACCUGCAACACUUGGAGCACUGGAACCACCGCCAGGAUAUCCUCCAUCACCAUUUUUUGCAUCGAAUUUAGCAGCGUAUCGAUUAGAAGAACAAUUAUAUUUGGAGCGCUGUGGAAUGUUACGACCUCCAUUAUUUCCAGCAAUGCCUCCUGCCUAUCCCUUAUACGCAAUGCUGCCAACACCAUUAGCAAUAAUGCAUGAAAGAAUCAAAUACGAAGAGGAACAACAAAGAGCACGCGAAGAAAGAGAAAAAGAACAUCGUGAAUUAUUACAACAACAACGUGAACGUGAACAAAGAGAGAAAGAACGUCUGGUACGUGAACAACGGGAACGUGAACGUGAGCGAGAACGACAGCGUGAAUUAGAAAGAGAAAAAGAGCGACAAGAGAAAGAACGUCAAGAACGUGAACGACAACGUAUGUUAGAGCGUGAGCGACAAAUUGAACGUGAACGACAAGAGCGUGAUCGUCAACAUCAACUAGAAAAAGAACGACAAUUUCAAUAUGAACGAGAGCGUGAACGAUUGUUAAUGUCACAAUCAUCACGACAUAUUCCAUCACCUUUACAUAGGCAAUCACCAAUGGAUGGACAUGCAGCUGCAGCCGCGAUGCAAUCAGCACACAUGCAACGUCAAUCCCCGUUAAAUCAUAGUAGCCUCCAUCAUCGGCAGUCACCUUUAGGAUCACAUAACAUGCAUCCUUUACAUCAUCGGCAAUCGCCGUUAAGUUCCCCACAUUCAAAUCAAACACAUCCAUACGUUGUACCAUCAAUCGGUGGAUAUCCACCUCCUCCGAUGUUCUUACCACCAGUUCCUGUAUCAACAGCGCAUGCUCUAUUUGGAAAUCCACAUUUAUAUCAUCCAAGUAUGGCUGCACAUAUGUCAAGUUUAGCUGUUGCACAAUCACAGUUACCUCCACCACCGACAAGUGUUGUACCACAACGUGAAUCACCUAGAGAAAAGGAAUCACGUCAAUCACCUAGAAUGUCGACAACAUCAACACCUAAAGACUCGCGUAGCGAAUUAAUGCAAUCGCCAAGAUCGUAUAAUCCACCUGGAGCAUAUUUAAAUUUAUCGCAUCAACCACCACAAAAUGUUAGUAGUGUAGAUGUGGUUAAAAGUAGCAGUUCUCCUAGAGUUACACCUAGUCAUGAAGAUGCUAUGAAAAAAUCAAUGCCGUUACUAAUUGAUGAUUUAUCAACACCAAAACAAAAUGUGGAUGAUAAAAAACUUGAAUUAGAUGAACGAAAUUUAGAUAAUAAAAUUGAUUUAUCAAAUUCAUCUGGUGAUGACCUUAAAUCGAAUUUACCACCGGGACCUCCUGGUAAUGCAAGCGGUAUACAAAGUAUACCGAUUGCUUUGUCAACUGAAACAUCGUCAACGGAAACAACCUAUGUAAAUACAACUCCAGUUUGUACUUCGAUGAUAGAUAAUGUAAAUGGCCCACCAGGUCCACCAGCGCCUUCCGCUACGAAUUCAACCUCUAAAGAUGGUUUGGAACAAUCGAAUGUAGUUGUUGGAAGUGGUGGUGGAUUAAUUCCUACAUCGUCUGAGGCUAAUAAUGAUUCAAAUACUGAACAUUCAAUACAUAUUGAGAAAAAUUCACAAACAGUUUUAGAAGAACAAAAUGCGAAAAAAAUUACCGAAGCUGAUUCAUGACAUUGUAAUACGUGGCAAACAGAUAAAGAAAUGAAGUCGCACAUAACAGAACUAGAGAGUAUAAAACCACAAAUACUGGAUCCACCACCUGUGCAACAUCAAAUACAUCCAUUGUUGGAGGAAUCCGAACAUCUACAAUAUCACCAACUUAUGCCAGUCAUGAAACAACAC